AUGACACGCACCGCAGCCAAGACGGCAGCAGCGGCGUCUGCGGCAGCAAAUGCUCACUCCGGGGUUCUGAAUCUGGAUGAUGCAAAUGGAUCUAGCUUGGGGUUUGUGGAGACUAUUCAGGAGGAAAUGGUUGAUCUGAGGUCUCGUGUUGGUGGCGUAGAGAUGCAACUCUCACAAGUGCUGGAGCAACUGGGUUCGAUGCAGUCCAUCCUGAUGAAAUUACCCCAAGUCCAUAGCAUGUCUGCUGGUCCAGUCCUCACCAAACCAACGGAAAUGGACAAAUCAAGUGGAGGAGAGAUGGAUGAGAGGUCUGGAAAACUUCAUGUGGAAGGUAACACUGAUAUGUUGGGGGGUCAUGUUUCUUCUAGCUUUAAUUCUGCAUAUGGAAUGGUAUUUAAUGAGGUUCCAGUUAGACCAGUUCAUCUUGCUCAGGAUUCUGAGGGUAUGCAUAACCAAUCUGAAAAUGUCUUUGAAAAAACCCAACCCAUGAAACCCCACCCUUUUGCUUCUCGAUUCCAUACCAACACCACAUAUGUUCCUCCUCAUGAGAGAAUGCUUGAUUCUAGGAAGCAUCACAUUCAUUAUGUUCAGGAUAAAUGGUCUUCUAAAGUGACUGAACCAUCUUUCAGUUUGUCCAUCUCUAGACCCAAGUUAGAGUUUCCAUCCUUCCAUGGUGAUAACCCUAGUGGUUGGACACGUCAAUGUGAGAAAUAUUUUGAUCUAGCAUCAGUUCCCCAAGACAUGUGGGUUUCUAUGGCUACUUUACAUUGUGCUGGGAGGGCUGAAAAUUGGUGGUCUGGCUUGAGGAUAUCAUCUAAACAGAUCAAGUGGUUCCAAUUUUGUCAAAUGGUCUGUAAUAGAUUUUCUGAACAUAGCAUGUAUGAUGUGGUUGAGAUGUUGCAUUCACUCACCCAAGAUAAUUCUAUCUCCAACUAUAUUGAUAAGUUUGAGGAGUUAAUGGCAUCUAUGCAAAGACAGCACCCAGCAUUACAAGAAGAAUAUUAUGUCAGAUGUUUUGUCAAAGGGCUCAAGGAGCAAAUUAAACACUAUUUGAAGCCCCAUAAACCAUAUACCCUGGAUGAAGCUUAUUGGAUUGCAAAGGAUCUCGAGAAGGCAGUUCUGAGCAGGAAACAAGUUGCUUAUGUAUCUUCUGCACACAAGAGCUCUUUUAUCCCCAACAAUGUCUCUCAGAAGCCUACUCAGCAGAGUACUCAGAAUCCUAAAGUGGAUCUUCAACUGAAACCUGACAAGCUUGCUCCUAUUUCUGUAAAACCAAAGGAACCUAGUACUUGUUGGAAAUGUGCAGCUCCUUGGACUCCUAGACACAAGCAGAAAUGCAAAUUUUAUCAGCCUUCUGCUCAUGCUAUUAGUCUGGAACCUGAAGAGAUACUGUGUCAGGAUGAAGAGAUGGACCCUCAGAGAGAGGAAACUGAGUGUGCCUUACAAACUGAACCAGUCCUCAUGCAUAUAUCUCAGCAAGCUUUACAAGGUACUACUAAUAAUGCUACUUUUUGCUUACCUGUGAUUUUGGGAGGAAAAAGAGGUAUGGCAUUAGUGGAUAGUGGUAGCACACAUAGCUUUAUGGAUGUUACUUUUGCUUCAAAGGCUAGAUGUUCUAUACAACACACUGCCAUACAAUCUGUGAAAGUGGCAGGUGGUGGUGAAUUACACACUGGAGGUUAUGUUCAGUCUUAUGCAUAUCAUAUUUACAAGGAAAAAUUUCACAACCCUUUCCAACUUCUGGAUUUGAAAAGUCAUGACCUGAUAUUGGGCUGUGACUGGAUAUUUUUACACAGUCCCAUUGCAAUUGAUUUGAAGGAACACUGA